GUCGAGGGCUAUUGUUCGUGCGUCUUUCUAGAAUCAGGACGCUUCUAACGCCGGGGCUAUCAUGAAGAACCUACUGGCUCUGCAGAAAUGUGCUCUGGCGCACUCUCGGGCAGCAAUCCGACCUACAUCGCCUUUAUUUCUCGAAUUCCUCGCUCCGUCUGCCGUGCAACAUACUCAACUCCGAAAUAACUCGACACUCUCCGCCGAUGGACAAUCGUCAGGCUCUGGUAGCCCCAAGAAGUAUGUCCUGGAUAAACGGCAGCGCGAGUUCUUGGACAGCGCCCUACGAGUCAACCAAGCCGGCGAAUUGGCAGCAACUCUGAUCUACACCGCGCAAACACCACAAGUCGUGCGCUCACAUCCCCACCUUCGACCGUUGAUGAAACACAUGUACGAUCAGGAAGCAGGACACUUUACAACCUUCAACCAGCUCAUUGCGAAGCACCAAGUUCGACCGACGGCGAUGUAUCCGGUUUGGGAGGCUGCGGCGACUUUUCUUGGCUGGUCGACGGGAGCUUUGGGACGUGAAGCAGCAAUGGCAUGUACCGAGGCUGUGGAGACGGAGAUUGGGUCACACUACAAUGAGCAAGUACGGGAAAUCUUGUCGUGGGAGGCUGAGGCGAAGCUUCGGGGUGAAGAGCUGGACGACGAGCUCAAGGAGAUGCUUGCGACCUUCCGAAGAAUCCGGGACGAGGAGCUAGAGCAUUUGGACCAUGCGGUUGAGAAUGACUCGAAAGAGGCGAAGCCAUACGAUCCAUUGGUCGACGUUAUUCGAUUUGGAUGCCGGACUGCCAUUAAGAUCAGCGAACGGGUAUGAGCUAUGGCGUUGAUGAUGCUACGGUUGUGGAUGCUUCAAUGGUAGAUUAAUUUUUCCGUUGGAGAGGUUUGUACAUUACUAUCAGCUAAUACUGCUGUACAAUAUUGAAUAUCACUAGCUUACAAGAGCCGACCCCUAUACCAGACGGUCUAGGGAGACAACGGUUGACCAUCGGAUCUUCAUUGGUACCUUCUACUCCAUAUCACCAGGAGAAACUGCAGCACUCUGCGCAUAUAUUGGUCAAGGGUCCGUGGCAAUUGCAGCUGCUUUUAUCUGCACACUGCAUGUGCCCAUUAUCUAUCAGGCCACCAGCCGACCAAAUAUACCAGCUCCCUAUCCGUAAUCCAAGGCUAAAAUAGUGUUUAGGAUCGACAGAAGCUCAAGUAUACCAAUCACAUCCAAG